GGAAGAGUUUCCUCCGGACGGUGUUUAGUGUGACACACGGUCGGACUCACGGUCACAGUUUCGUCACGAGCCGUUCUUUAAACACUAUUUUCAAACUCAGUGUUUAUACGUUGAUCUGCACGCGAGCGUUCAUUUACCGGAAGUACAAUUAUCGAACAUUGGACCUUUUUUCACUCGGUGUUUCUGAGCCAGAGUGAGUGAUGGCUGUGCAGGUGAGCGAGUCUGAUCAGAUCAAACAGUUUAAAGAGUUUCUGGGGACGUACAACAAAGUGACGGAGAACUGUUUCAUGGACUGUGUCAAAGAUUUCACGACCAGAGACGUCAAACCAGAGGAGUCCAGCUGCUCUGAGUCAUGCCUGCAGAAGUAUCUAAAGAUGACUCAGCGGAUCUCCAUGAGGUUCCAGGAGUAUCACAUCCAGCAGAACGAAGCUCUGGCAGCUAAAGCCGGACUUCUGGCUCAACCUCGCUGAACUGCAUCAUGGGAAACUGUGGAAUUGUCCUUUCUGUUUUUUUGGAAUAAAAAUGUUGAUACUGAUGUUUA